AUGGAACUAACCUGGAAACUAGAUCGUGUUCCGAGGCCGGGUUCUGCCACUGUUCGUGUGACAGACUUGGGCUGGAGAGGACUCUUGAAUCCUAGCCCAUCAAUUAGAGAUGAUGGAGACUUACUAGUGGAUGAAUAUCUUUCUCCUAGUAAGCUGCAAGCAUUGACUGGGCUAGAUGAUCUGCGACAAGUGAGGGCCCUGGAGAUGCGUGUUGACACAAGAGAGAACAGCCUGGGAAACUUUGGUGCUUAUCUCCCUAAUUUAAAACAACUGAAAUUGAACAACAGUGUGCUUACAUCUGUGAGGGACCUUGGAACAGUGUUGCCGCAUCUUCAGGUGCUUUGGAUGACUCGCUGUGGGCUUUCAGACUUAGACGGCAUCUCUUCCUGCUGUUCUUUGAAGGAACUCUACGUAGCCUACAACAAUAUUGCUGACUUAAGCCCAUUGAGCCUGUUGGAACAUCUUGAGAUUCUAGACCUAGAAGGAAAUAGCAUUGAGGACCUUGGUCAGGUUCAAUAUCUAGGGCUCUGUACCAAACUGACUACUCUUACCAUGGAAGGGAACCUUAUUUGCCUGAAACCAAGCCCACAAUCAUCAGAGGGCACAGACUACAACUACAGAGCUGAAGUGAGAAAACUCAUCCCUCAUUUAAAGAGUUUGGAUGAAGUACCAGCAAACCAAACUGCCGUUCCAUGUAAGAUGAACAAAGAUUGGCUAUUGGUCAAGAAAUCCAUCAAAGAAGGGAGUUUAGUUGACGAGGCAACUGGUUUCGAUUCUCAUUCCGGAUCAGUAACAAGAAGACCGUGCUCUGCUGGAAGACCUGCCACAAGUAAUUUCAUAUCAGCUUCCAGACCACAGACUGCACAGAGACCUCCUACUGCUCAUUUACUCUCUAGUAACAACAUCUUCCCGGAGUCCACAAUUUCUGAUGAGUUGGUGCCAGAAGAUGACUCCAGUGACUUGACACAUGGUGUCAGCAGAGUUCUAUGUGGGAACCCUAUCAAAGCUCUUCAUGCACGGAGACAAAAACGAGGUUCUACAGUAAUGAACCUGUUCCAGCCACAGUGUCAUCCAAAUGACUCUGAAGAAACUAGUGAUGGAAAUGUGGAAGAACUCUUUGCUGAGCUGAACGUUUGGACAGAGCAGCAUAACCACUAUAACCUUUCCGCCAGGUGCCCACGCACUGUCCCAAGGGAGAAGGCUCUCCAAGUACUGAAAAUAACUCACAGUGAUGAAGAGGAAGAAGAGUGGAGCCUGAGUGACAGCUGUGAUGAAGACUUGAAGGAAAUGAACAAUGAGGACCUAAACGAAAAGAUGUCUCCAGAUUCUUCCUAUCAGUCUGGUGUUUCUCAGUCGUCCUCAGAUUCAUUGCAUGCCUUGGAAAAUGCACUACCCGCUCUUAUAAAGCACCCUCUUGUGCCUUCUCCUCCAACAUGUCCCUCGCCUGCAUCCAUACAAGGUGUGAAGGGCGGGCUUGUCAGAGCCAGGCGUCUGAAAGUACCCAGCUCGAAAAAGGUAUCUCAGCUGAAGCCCGCUUUUUCAUCAACCGAGAACAGAGAUGUGCAGCAUGUGGUUGAGAAGACUACUGUCCUUCGUCUCUGCGGAAAGCCUGACGCCUCGUCUAACAUAUCCGUUUUAGGACACAAGCGCAGGCCCUGUGGCAGCAUCAGCAAGGCAACCAGAAGACCCAUUUCAGGACCAGCAGCAACUGGAUCAACACUCAUCAGAGCCACUGUGGAUAGUAAUCUUCACAAGAUGAUCAACCCUCACCACCCAAUUAUUCACCCGUUUGUGAAACCGCCGGAGACCCUUGCAGUGCUGAACGUGGGUCGCCCUCUGACCGCCAAGGCUGCCCUGCAGAGCUUGCCAAGCAGGCCGAAUAUCUCUAUGACAGCUCAAAGCAAGUUUCCCGAGCUAUAG